AUGCCGUUUCCCUUCACACUACCCACCACGAGUUCGGUGCUGUUGUCCGACUUCUUCGACAGCGUGACACACCCCUCGCUGCCGCUGACUGCGACCACCAAACGCAGUGUUCUCAAAGAUGUCUUGAAGAAGCACAAGCGAUUGUCCCCUCCUGCGCGCGAGACCAAUCUCCCCGCUGUCCAAAAUGCCGUGCAAGGCUAUUUGCCAUAUUUGCUGGCACUCAACGCCGGCUCGGGCUACCGAGACGUCGGGCCAGAGAAGCUGGACGUGGAGAUCAAGCGAGUGCUGGAAGUUGAAUGGCGGAGCAUCUUGUCGACCUCGCUGCCAGCUCGCGAGACUCCACGGGCCAAGUUGACGGGUGUGCAUCACGAGAUCGCCUUCACGCUCUCCACCCUUGCCUACACCUCCUCGCUGCUGGCGAGAUCGCAGCUACGAUUGCUGUACGGUACCGAUGUCCUGAGCUCCGACCAACGGACAUCCAUUAUUGCCACUGCCAUGAAGCAUCUCAUGGAAGCUCAUGGCAUUCACACCUACUUACUCUCUCUCCCCUCGUCCUCCACCUCCGCCUCCCUAGAUAGUGCACCCAUCGAUAUCCACUCCUCCACCAUCUCCGCUCUGGCCUCUUUGGCACUAGCCGAAGCCACCAUCAUCGUCGUAGCCAAAGACGACCCCUACACUGCAGCCGUCUCCGAAGUCCGCAAUGCAGAAAACAAAGACUGGAUGUUCAAAGCUCCCUCCAUCCCCAAAGUGCGCGCUCACCUGUACGCCCGCUUCUGUCUUGCUGCAGCAGAACACGCCAACACUGCCAGCAGCCUUUUAUCCGGCACAAAAAUCGACGAGGAUCUGCUCAAAUACGCCACUCAUCUCCGCAGCACAGCCCGAGGAAAAGCCGCUCGAUUCCUGGCCAUCGAUGCGGAAUUAGCUUCCAAAACCGGCGAAGCCCUUGCCUGGCUCAAAGGCGCGCGAAAAGAACUCGGUCUUCCCAUUGAGGCGGCCAGCGAAGAUGGCAACAAUCGACGACGAGGCCUCAAAGGUCUGAAACAAACCUGGCAAGAAAAACGCGAAGACCGCAAAAUCGAAUCUGCCGGCAAAGAAUGGGGAAUGGACGCCGGUCGCCUCGAAGAAGCCCGCGUAGUAGAAAUGUUAGAAUCGAAAUGGGAUCGAGAGAAUAAUACCAUUAACAUUCAAAUCGUCCCGCCCUGGGAGCCCUUACUCGCGAACAUGCCGAGUGGGAGAGAGUAUCAUUCCCAAACAGCAUGGCGACCGAUGGAGAUGGAUCAAGAUGUAUUGGUGAGAAUGCGUGCUCCGCCGGAGCCCGAGGAGAGGGCCUUUCGUGGGGUGGAAGCUGACAGUGGAGACGAGGAGGAGGAGCAGGGGGCAAAGGGAGAGAAUUCGAAUAAAUCGGCGGCAAUUGGGGCUUUUCCAGGAACUGGUGGCGAGUAUAGUAGAAGUGGCACUAGUACUAGCUAUUACUGAUCGAAAGAGAGAAAAC